AUGGUUCGAGCAACUCAAUUGCUGACAUGGCUCGCGGGAGUCGCGUCCGCAGUGAAUGCGGCUGCCAUUGAGAUGGCUCCAGAGGCACUUGUUGACCGCGGCCUCUCUUUGUCUUUGGAUGCUAGCCUCACUUUCGGCCAGUGCCAUCCUGUCAUUCGACACCAAGACUUUUGGUUGGAAAAUAUCAAGCAUACGGGCGUCUCUCCGUUUCUGAACGAUUCCUCGUAUGCCGUCUACCGCAACGUGAAAGACUUUGGUGCAAAGGGCGACGGUAAAACAGAUGAUACCGCUGCGAUUCAAGCGGCUAUUGAUGCCGGAGGACGUUGCCUAUGGGGUUGCGGUCCAGGAGAUCCUCCUGCAAAGACUCUCAAGCCAGCUCUCAUCUACUUCCCCUCCGGUACUUACAAGAUCUCACGAACCCUCAACAGCUACAUCUUUACCCAGCUUGUUGGCAACCCAUUGGACAGGCCUGUCCUCAAGGCCGACAAGAACUUCUCUGGUCGGUAUCUGCUGGAUACUUUCCCUUCUCCAACCACUUCGCCAUUUCCCACUACCAUCAACCUCUACUACCAAGUUCGAAACUUCGUUUUCGAUACCACAAAUGUAGACGUCAAGUCAUCCGUGGCUUGUGUCAACUGGCCGUCUGCCCAGGCUGUGACUCUCAGUUUCAACCACAUGAAGAUGGCUGAGAACAGUCUACACCAGGGUGUCGUUUUCAACGGAACCACUGGCGGUGGCGGCGGCUCCGCUACUUUCAUGGGUGACUUGGAGUUUACCGGAGGCAACAUUGGAAUUCGACUGAACAACCAGCAGUACGCUAUGCGCGCCCUGACUUUUAACAAUGUCAAGACAGGAAUCCAAGUUGAUCACAUCUUUACACUGUCUCUCCAGGGUAUCAAGUUUAACAAUGUCAACGUUGGCGUCAACUUUACUGCCCCACCAAACAACUCUGUAGGAUCUGUCAUUCUGAUCGAUUCCGAAGCUACUUCUACCGACAAGGUUGUUGUCUCCCAACACACAAAGAAUGCCGAUGGCUCCCUCAUCAUCGAGAACCUCAAGAUCAACCGCGUCGGCCAUGUCGUCGCUGAUACUCAAGGAGCCUCUCUUCUUUCUGGAUCAACUCGCUCCACCACAGUUAAAUCUUUUAUUCAGGGAACUGUUUAUAGGGAUCAAACUACUGGCAAAUACCUCGAAAGCAGCGGCUCUCUGUCGCGACCCCAAGCCUUGGUCGACUCCAGUGGUGCCUACUGGACCAAGUCGCGGCCUCAGUAUGAGCAGUACAGCUCCGGCUGCUUUUCGAGUGUCCGAGCCUUUGGUGCUACCGGUGACGGCAAGACGGAUGCUACCAAGGCCAUCAAUGCUGCUCUCAAGGCUAAUGCCAACCGAAGAAUCACUUAUUUCCCUGCCGGAAACUACCGAGUUAGUGGCACUAUUCACGUUCCUGUUGGAUCUAGAAUCGUCGGCGAGGUUUGGUCUACUAUUAGCGCAUAUGGAAAGACAUUUGAGGAUGAGAAGAACCCUCAAGUUGUCUUUAAGAUGGGCGAUACCGGCUCUCGUGGCGUCAUCGAGGUGAGCGACAUUGCCUUUGAUGUGGCUGAUGUCCUCCCUGGUGCCAUUCUCGUGGAAAACAACGCUUCGGGAUUUAAGCCCGGCGAUGUUGGUCUGUGGGAUGCCCAUUUCCGUGCUGGUGGAACCAUCGGCUCUGAGGUCGAGACCAAGUGCCGCUCUUAUCCUCAGUCGCCCAUCGAGCAGUGCAAAGCCGCUUUCUUGUUCAUGCAUCUGAAGUCCAACAGCCAGACCUACUUGGAAAGCGUCUGGGGCUGGUCUGUCAACCGUGAUCUGGACGGACUAAGCGGUGCCACGAAUGGAACCAGCCAAUCUGUUGCUGUUGGUCGAGGCCUUCUCGUGGAAUCCAAGCGCGGAACAUGGCUUGUUGGCACUGCUUUUGAGCACUUCGUGCUGUAUCAGUAUCAGUUUGUGGGUGCUGAAAACGUGCAAGCUUUGAUGGCGCAAACGGAGACUGUCUAUUGGCAACCUGCACCUGUGGCUCCUCAACCUUGGACGCCUGAUGCCCGGUACUCUGAUCCCGAUUACUCCAACUGCGAUGGAAGCUCGCUUCAGUGCUUCAUGGGCUGGUCUCUUCGUGUUGUCGGUGGCAGCGAUUUGACUUUCUACGGAUUGGGCUUCUGGCAGUUCUUCAACGGUCUUAAUGGUGUUUCGGGCCCAUAUGCUCAAGACAACAUUGUCUCUAUCGAAGGACAGCCUAAGAGAUUGAAGAUUUUCAACCUUGGCACACACUUGGUGAAGAACAUGGUCACUGUAAAUGGCAAUGCAGCUGCUCUCAGCGCCGAUAACAAGGGCGGAUGGGGUGGCCUUAUUGCUGCUUACCUUCCCUUUGCGUAA